AUGUACUAUAAGACAGAAGUAAUGCCAUCUAUCACCAGACGCCUGCCACUUCGGAAUAUAUCUGCUGCCCCAAAGAUGUUGUAUCUGUUCAGCGCUUUAAAUCCACGAACCCUUUUUGAGAACGUGAAUAACUACUCAGAUGAGACUGCCAAUACAAACACCCGUUUUGCCCUGGCGUUUGAUUUUGAAGUUUCAUUUCCGUACGGCCAAGAGCUCGUGGAGAUUCACACAUUGGACUUUAUGCUGUCCUAUCACAAUCAUCAUAGGAAUGAAUACUCGUUCGGACACAAGAAAGCUCAAGAUUACUAA